UGCUUGGCCAGCUAGGUCCUUCGACCCAGUGCUCCGGUGCUAUGGCUGCCCCGCCGCAGCUACGGGCUCUUCUCCAGGCUGUCAACAAGCUGCUGCGCCAGCGCCGUUACCACGCUGCGCUGGCCGUGAUAAAGGGCUUCCGGAACGGGGCUGUCUAUGGAGUCAAAAUCCGGGCGCCUCAUGCACUGGUGAUGACCUUUCUCUUCAGGAGUGGCAGUCUCCAAGAGAAGCUGCAGGCCAUUCUGAAAGCCACGUACACCCACUCUCGGAACCUGGCCUGCUUCGUCUUCACCUAUAAGAGUCUCCAGGCCCUACAGUCCCAUGUGCAAGGUGGGACCCACCAGAUGCACUCUUUCCUGGCUGCCUUCAUCGGGGGGCUCCUGCUGUUUGGAGAGAACAAUAACAUUAAUAGCCAGAUCAACAUGUACCUGACAUCACGUGUCCUGUUUGCCUUGUGCCGCCUGGGUGUGGAGAAGGGCUACAUCCCUGCGCUCAAGUGGGACCCGUUCCCCUUACACACGGCGGUGAUUUGGGGGCUUGUGCUGUGGCUCUUUGAGUAUCACCGGCCCACUCUGCAGCCCUCACUACAGUCCUCCAUGACCUACCUCUACGAGGACAGCAACGUGUGGCACGACCUCUCAGACUUCCUCAUCUUCAACAAGAGCCGCCCCUCCAAGUAACACAGCCCAAGGUGCUUCGGGAACUCCAACGCCCAGACAGCUUCCAGGCAGCGUCCCGCUGCUGCUCAGGGUACCGUUCUAUUGGCAUACCGUCAUGGAGGAUCCUGCCUUCUCAAAGUCAUGGACCUCACACUCCAACUUUUAUUAUCCCAGGCUCCCACUUGCUGAAGGAAAAGUACCGAGGUUUACGCCUGCCUCCGGAUACUGUAGCAAGUGGCUGGAUCCAGCUAAGGAUUCCAGAUGCUCUUCCGACCUCUGUAAGGCCAGGGCGAGUUCAACCCUCUCUGGGCCUCAGGUCAUUCAGUUCAGGGGAGGACCCUCAGAGGAGAGUGUCCUCCUGGGGGAUACGGUGACCCUCCCCUCUACUGUGUAUCAGAGGGCUCCUUGCUACUGGGCAAUAGGUUACAAAUACUUUGAAAGGGAAAAAAAAACUAAAUUCUUUGUCUAAGUUAUUCUACCGAGACGUUCCGGACGGAACCCUACUGUCCAAUGGGAACGAAACAUGAGCCAUUCGAUAGAGGUACAGCACGUGCCAGGCUUGUGCGAGAUCCUAUCACCAGCACUGAGAAUAAAACGCCUAGUGACCACAUUUCUGAGAUGCAUUAAGAAGGCUGUGGCACUAGGGUUAUGAGCUCCAGGCCAGGCUGGGAUACAUUAAAAAAAAAAAAAAAAA